UUCUGUUGGAUAACAAACCUUCUCUCUAUGUCUCUAUAAGAUUCUCCGGCCGAUCAUCAAAAUCGGAAACUAUGAAGAAACUCUACCGUCGAGGCACCACCGUUCAUCCAUCAUCGUCUCCAUCAGUCACCGCCGAUCAUCUAUCUUUCCUUCCGGCCACCAUCUUAACCCUCGUUGCUGCACUUUCCCCAGAGGACAAACAAGUCUUGGCCUACCUCAUCUCUUGCUCCAACAACGAUUUCGGCGACUUUUCAAGCCACCGUAAGAACAACACCCCAAAAACACAAGCUAAAAGAAGCUUCAGCAGCGGAAGCGGAGGCGACCAUCCGCCUCUUUUCACCUGCGAUUGUUUCAGGUGCUAUACGGGUUACUGGGUCAGGUGGGACUCGUCUCCGAACCGGCAGCUGAUACACGAUAUCAUCGAUGCUUUUGAAGAUGAGGUUGCCCGAAUCAAGAAGACAAAGAACAAGAAGGAAAGGAAGAGAGGUGGUUCUGGUGAUAACAGUUCCUGUGGUAUGAAGAAACCGGAGGAAAAUUCCGGUGAGUUGAAAACGACUGAACCGAGCGGCGGAGAAGGAGGCGGCGACGGUGGCGAAGGGUCGGUGAGGAGGCUGGUGAACUUCAUCGGCGGGAGGAUUUGGAAUGUUUGGGGUCAAUGAAUUUAGACGAGGAUCGAGGGAAAAGAGGUGAAGUUUCAAGUCUUUUCCACUCUCCAAGAGAAAAGUAAAUGAAAUUACUUUUACUUUUACCUAAUCAAAUUCUCUUCUUCUUAUGUAUAUUACGCCAUCUUACAAUGUAAGAAAAUGGGUAAUUUUUAAUCUUAAAAUCAUCAUGUUUUUUUU